AUGAGACCGAAAGAGAAAGGAUUGUCAGAUGACGACAUUGAGAGGAUUGUUAACUUUGAUUGGGAUGCCUCUUCUGACGACGAAAGUGAUGACGAGAUGGAUGCCAUUUCUGCAGUGCUAGAGAAGAAUUUGGAAGGGAUCGUGCAAAGAGGGGAAACGAUCCAAGUUUUUGAUUUGAUCACACAACAAACAGAUUUAUAUGCGCUGCAAGAACACGGCAUUGAGCUCAAAUGCACUGUUGAAGAUAUUAAACGCUAUAUUGGUAUUUUGUUGUACAUGGGUGUUUUAAAAUUGCCUCAACUCAAAAUGGCAUGGUCAAAAGAUUUAAAUCUUACCGCUAUAACAGAUUCAAUGCCACGCGGAAAGUUUGAAAAAAUAAAACAAUGUUUACAUUUCAACGAUAACACUAAACAAUCCAAAAAAGGCGAUUUGAACUAUGACAAGUUGUACAAAAUACGUCCUUUACUAGACAGUCUCAAAGAAAAUUUUGGAAAGCUACCCCAGGAAGAACAUCAAAGCAUUGAUGAACAAAUCAUUGCGUUCAAAGGUCGAUCGUCAUUUAAACAAUACAACCCUGCUAAGCCUCAUAAGUGGGGUCUGAAAAUGUUUACGCGUGCUGGAACCUCUGGAUUAGUGUACGACUUUACGUUGUAUGUUGGUGAAGGUACCUGUCCUGCUUAUGGAUUGGGCCUAUCUUCGGAUAUAGUUUUAUAUUUGGCUAAAGGUCUUCCUAAGGACAAACAUUUUAAGCUUUAUUUCGAUAAUUGGUUUACGUCAGUAAGCCUUCUGAUCUCGUUGAAAGAAAUGGGCAUAUUUGCAACAGGAACUGUACGUAAAAACCGCAUAAGCAAUUGCCAACUACUUUCAGAUGCUGAGCUAAAAAAGCGUGGAAGGGGAUCUUUCGAUAUGAAAUGUGAAAUCAACAAUAAUAUUUUAUGCGUCAAGUGGUUUGACAAUAAGCCAGUUCCACUUAUAUCUUCGUGUGAAAGCAAUGAACCUGUUGGUAUAUGCAAACGUUGGAAUCCAAAGGAAAAAGCUUAUAUUGAUGUUGCAAGACCUGCGAUUGUUGCUUCUUACAAUAAGGGUAUGGGAGGAGUAGAUUUGGCUGACAUGCUCAUGGAGCUCUACAAGGUCAACCACCGUUCAAAUAAGUGCGUAUUCCCACGCCUUAUAAAUCCAAGCUUACCGGCGAAUGCUACAACAACAACGUCAGCGAAACCCGAACCAACAAUGCCUGCGAGAGCUGCUACAAGAACAACGUCAGCGCAACCUGAACCAACAAUGCCAGCGCGAACUGCUACAACAACUACGUCAGCGCGAGCUAAACCAACAACAGCAACACUGUCACCGAAUUUGUGCCAAGCAUAG